GCGGCUUAGAAGAAGUUUCCUGUGCCGGGCUUUAUCUGCUGGCGUCGUCCUCUCGGGGUUCCCAGAAUGUUCUUUUACUUGAGCAAGAAAAUUGCCAUUCCCAAUAAUGUGAAGCUGAAAUGUAUAUCUUGGAACAAGGACCAAGGAUUCAUAGCAUGUGGUGGUGAAGAUGGAUUACUGAAGGUUUUGAAAUUAGAGACACAGACAGAUGAUGCAAAAUUGAGGGGUCUUGCAGCCCCUAGUAACCUUUCUAUGAAUCAGACUCUUGAAGGUCAUAGUGGUUCUGUUCAAGUUGUAACAUGGAAUGAACAAUAUCAGAAGUUGACUACCAGUGAUCAAAAUGGUCUUAUCAUUGUUUGGAUGUUAUAUAAAGGCUCUUGGUAUGAGGAGAUGAUCAACAAUAGAAAUAAAUCAGUGGUUCGAAGCAUGAGCUGGAAUGCUGACGGACAGAAGAUCUGCAUUGUAUACGAGGAUGGGGCUGUGAUAGUUGGUUCAGUGGAUGGGAAUCGCAUUUGGGGAAAAGACCUGAAGGGUAUACAGUUAUGUCAUGUAGCAUGGUCCGCAGAUAGUAAAAUCUUACUUUUUGGAAUGGCAAAUGGAGAAAUACACAUUUAUGAUAAUCAAGGGAAUUUUAUAAUGAAAAUGAAACUGAAUUGUUUGGUGAAUGUCACUGGAGCAAUCAGUAUUGCUGGAAUUCACUGGUACCAUGGCACAGAAGGCUAUGUGGAGCCACAUUGCCCCUGCCUUGCGAUUUGUUUUGACAAUGGCAGAUGCCAAAUAAUGAGACAUGAGAAUGACCAAAAUCCUGUUUUAAUUGAUAGUGGCAUGUAUGUAGUAAGUAUCCAGUGGAACCACACUGGCAGCGUGUUAGCUGUGGCAGGCUCCCAGAAGGCCAUCACUCAGGACAAAGAUGUAAACACUGUGCAGUUUUACACUCCAUUUGGUGAGCAUCUGGGUACUUUGAAGAUUCCUGGAAAGCAGAUGUCUGCACUAUCUUGGGAAGGAGGUGGACUGAAAAUUGCACUAGCUGUUGAUUCUUUUAUAUAUUUUGCAAAUAUUCGACCCGAUUAUAAGUGGGGUUAUUGCUCAAACACUGUAGUUUAUGCUUAUACCAGACCUGAUCGUCCAGAGUACUGUGUUAUCUUUUGGGAUACAAAAAACAACGAGAAAUAUGUUAAGUAUGUGAAGAGUCUCGUUUCUAUUACUACUUGUGGAGAUUUCUGCAUUUUGGCUACAAAAGCUGAUGAAAAUCAUCCUCAGUUUGUGCUAGUUCUUUGUAAUUCUAUUGGCACACCUCUGGAUCCCAAAUACAUUGAUCUUGUACCAUUGUUUGUUACAAUGACCAAAACCCAUGUGAUAGCAGCUUCAAAAGAAGCAUUUUAUACCUGGCAGUAUCGUGUGGCAAAGAAGCUCACAGCAUUGGAAAUUAAUCAGAUCACCCGGUCUCGAAAAGAAGGGAGAGAAAGAAUUUAUCAUGUUGAUGAUACUCCUUCUGGAUCAGUGGAUGGUGUGCUUGAUUAUAGUAAAGCCAUUCAAGGCACAAGGGAUCCAAUUUGUGCCAUAACUGCAUCUGAUAAGACAUUGAUUGUGAGUCGUGAAUCUGGCGCCAUUCAGAGAUACAGUCUUCCUAAUGUUGGUUUGAUUCAAAAAUACUCCCUUAAUUGUCGAGCCUACCAGUUAUCCUUGAAUUGCAACUCCAGUCGUCUUGCUAUCAUAGACAUCUCAGGAGUUCUGACUUUCUUUGACUUGGAUGCUCGGGUAACAGACAGCACAGGACAGCAAGUUAUUGGCGAGUUGUUAAAAUUGGAGCGAAAAGAUGUCUGGGAUAUGAAGUGGGCCAAAGAUAAUCCUGAUUUGUUUGCAAUGAUGGAGAAGACAAGAAUGUAUGUUUUCAGAAACUUGGAUCCUGAGGAACCCAUUCAGACUUCUGGAAAUAUUUGUAAUUUUGAGGAUUUAGAAAUUAAAUCUGUUCUUUUGGAUGAGAUAUUAAAGAAUCCAGAAUAUCCAAACAAGGAUUAUAUCAUUAACUUUGAGAUUCGGUCCCUGAGAGAUAGCCGAGCACUGAUUGAGAAGGUUGGAAUUGAGGAUGCAUCUCAGUUCAUAGAGGAUAAUCCACACCCCCGACUUUGGCGCCUACUGGCUGAAGCAGCUCUUCAGAAACUGGAUUUGCACACUGCAGAGCAAGCGUUUGUGCGCUGCAAAGAUUACCAAGGCAUUAAGUUUGUGAAGCGCCUGGGUAACCUGCAGAGUGAGUCCAUGAAGCAGGCGGAAGUGGCUGCCUACUUUGGCAGGUUCGAAGAGGCUGAAAGGAUGUAUCUCGAUAUGGACAGAAGAGAUCUGGCUAUUGGCCUCCGGCUGAAGUUGGGAGAUUGGUUUCGAGUACUCCAGCUCCUGAAAACUGGAUCUGGUGAUGCGGAUGACAGUCUCCUUGAACAAGCCCACAAUGCCAUCGGAGACUACUUUGCUGAUCGGCAAAAGUGGUUGAAUGCUGUACAAUAUUAUGUACAAGGCCGGAACCAGGAACGCUUAGCUGAGUGUUAUUAUAUGUUAGAGGAUUAUGAGGGAUUGGAGGAUCUUGCCAAUUCACUUCCAGAAAACCACAAGUUGCUUCCAGAAAUAGCACAAAUGUUUGUGAGAGCUGGAAUGUGUGAACAAGCAGUGACUGCGUUUUUGAAAUGUAAUCAACCAAAGGCAGCAGUGGAUACCUGUGUACAUCUCAACCGAUGGAACAAAGCUGUUGAAUUGGCUAAAAGUCAUAAUAUGAAGGAAAUUGGUUCCCUGUUAGCGAGGUAUGCAUCUCAUUUAUUGGAAAAGAAUAAAAUUCUUGAUGCCAUAGAACUCUAUCGGAAAGCCAGUUACUUUUAUGAUGCUGCUAAGCUGAUGUUUAAGAUUGCAGAUGAAGAGGCAAAGAAAAGAACUAAACCUUUACGUGUUAAGAAGCUCUAUGUACUAUCAGCUUUACUUAUAGAGCAAUACCAUGAACAAAUGAAAAAUGCCCAACGAGGAAAAGUUAAAGGAAAGAGCUCAGAGGCCACUUCUGCUUUGGCUGGUUUGCUGGAAGAAGAAGUUCUGUCUACAACUAGUCGUUUCACAGAUAAUGCUUGGAGAGGGGCUGAGGCUUACCACUUCUUCAUACUGGCACAGAGGCAGCUCUACGAGGGCUACGUUGACACUGCAUUGAAGACAGCUCUUCACCUGAGAGACUAUGAAGACAUUAUCCCUGCCGUUGAGAUCUACUCUCUGUUAGCACUCUGUGCGUGUGCCAGUAGGGCUUUUGGCACUUGUUCAAAAGCUUUUAUUAAACUCGAAUCUUUAGAGACCCUCAGUUCAGAACAGAAACAGCAAUAUGAAGAUCUUGCUCUAGAAAUCUUCACCAAACAUACUCCAAAAGAUAACAGAAAAUCUGAAUUGGACAGCCUUCUUGAAGGCGGGGAAGGGAAGCUGCCGACAUGUGUUGCCACAGGAAACCCGGUCACUGAAUAUCAAUUCUGGACGUGCAACGUGUGCAAGCACUGUGUCCUGGCUCAGGAAAUAAGUAACUAUAACUUCUGUCCCUUAUGCCAUAGUGCGGUGGGAUGAAGAAAUGACAAACUGCAUAUAAUAGGAGUGUUUAUAUAACAAUGUUGACUUUAUGUAA